UCUCUCCUUUUUUUGUUUCCUCCUCUCCGUCGCGCUCUUGCUGGGGACUUGUGUGAAUGGCAGCCAAUGGGAGGGUUGAGUCCCCCCUCAGCCUCUCGCUCAGCCUCCCUGACAUCCACCACAGCGAGAGAAGUGAUGCAGCGCGACUGAGACGCGCAGUUGGAAGGUGGAACAACGGGGGGAAAAGCUGCAGUGAACGGAUACACUUGACUCCCGACGCGCGCCUCCUUUUUUUUUAUAAAAACCAAAAAAAAAACAACAACGAGCCUUGGUGGGAAAGAAAAGAAAAGAAAUAAACUUCAUUCUCAGGUGCUGUUUGCCGCCCCAUGUGAGUCUGAGGAGACUUUCCUGCUUCACUAGAUUACAGCAUGAAGACUGAUCCGAUACUCUGACCGAAAAAGAAAAAGACACGGACCACUGAAGGGGGCGGUGGAGAAGACAGAAGGUUGUGGCGGCGGCGGUGGUGUUGGUGGUGUGGCCAUGGAUAGAAGGAGAGUUUACGUACUGAUGGUGCUGUGGGUCAUGGCCCACCUCAGCUUUCCGGGGUACGGGCUCAGAGCCCUGCGGAGGACUACAGGGGGGCGGAAGGGGUCCACGGGGCUGACGGGACAGGACGCCAAUGGAGUUCCACUCAGGCGCUCCAAACGAGGUUGGAUGUGGAACCAGUUCUUUUUGUUGGAGGAGUACACCGGCACGGACAUGCAGUACGUCGGGAAGCUUCACUCCGAUUCGGAUCGAGGGGACGGAAGCGUGAGGUACGUCCUCACCGGGGAGGGAGCAGGGUCCCUCUUCAAGAUAGACGAGAAGUCGGGGGACAUCCACGCCACCAAGAGGCUGGACAGGGAGGAGAAGGCCUACUACAUCCUCCACGCCAAGGCCGUCAACCGCUUCACCAACGAGGCGCUGGAGGGUCAGUCCGAGUUCAUCAUCAAGAUCCACGACAUCAACGACAACGAGCCUCGGUUCACCAAGGACGUGUACAUGGCCUCGGUCCCUGAGAUGUCUGACAUCGGCACCUCGGUAAUUCAGGUGACGGCCUUAGACGCCGACGACGCGACGUACGGGAACAGUGCCAGGGUGGUGUACAGCAUCCUGGAGGGCCAGCCAUACUUCUCCGUGGAUCCAGAGACCGGCCUGAUCAAGACGGCCUUGCCCGGCAUGGACCGAGAAGUCAAAGAGAACUACCAGGUCGUGAUCCAGGCCAAAGACAUGGCCGGGCAGAUGGGCGGACUUUCGGGGACGACGACGGUCAGCAUCACCCUCUCCGACGUCAACGACAACCCGCCUCGCUUCAUCAAGACCCUCUACGAGUUCAGGGUGCCCGAGUCCAUCGAGCUCGGGUCCGCGGUGGGACUGAUCCGCGCCAUGGACGCCGACAUCGGAGAGAACGCGGAGAUGGACUACAGGAUCAUCGGGAGCGACGGGCCCGGCAUGUUCGACAUCACCACCAACAGGAGCACGCAGGAAGGCGUCAUCCUGCUGAGGAAGCCUCUCGACUUCGAGAGGAAGCGGCAGUACAGCCUCCGCAUCCAGGUGGAGAACAGCCACAUCAACCCACGCUUCGUGGUGCCCUUCAGGGACGAGGCCAGCGUCAAGAUCAUCGUGGAGGACGUGGACGAGCCGCCGGUGUUCGAGCGAGCCAGCUACGUCAUGGAGGUCAAAGAAGACGCCGCUAGGAACACGGUCAUCGGCUCCGUCAGCGCUUCCGAUCCCGACGACAAGAACAGUCUCAUCAGGUACACUAUCGAUCGACGCACGGACAUGGACAGAGUGUUCAACAUCCAUGCAGGCAACGGGUCAGUGUUCAUCCUCAGGGAGCUGGACAGGGAAGAGAACGCCUGGCACAACAUCUCCGUCAUCGCCACGGAGUUCAACAACCCGCGACAGAUCAGCCGAGUGCCGGUUUAUGUCAGAGUGCUGGACGUCAACGACAACGCUCCGACAUUCGCCAACAAUUACGAGACGUUUGUGUGCGAGAACGCAAAGGCUAAUCAGAGGAUACAAACCGUGAGCGCCUCGGAUCCCGACGAGCCCCUCGGAGGACACCGCUUCUUCUUCAGCCUCGCACAGGAGGCCGCGGGGAAGGCCAACUUCUCCGUCCGUGAUAACAAAGACAACACGGCCUGGAUCCUGACCCGCAGGAACAGCUACAACAGCCUGCAGAAGAGCAUCUACCACGUGCCCGUGGUCAUAUCGGACGGGGAGUUCCCGAUGCAGAGCAGCACCAGCACCCUGACCGUCAGGGUGUGCACCUGCGACCGCGAGGGCAAAAUGAAGCUGUGCAACGCCGAGGCGCUCACGGCGAGGGCGGGCCUCAGCACGGGAGCCCUGGUGGCCAUCCUGCUUUGUGUCAUCAUCCUGCUCAUGAUCGUGGUGCUGUUUGCUGCCCUGAGGAGACAGAGGAAGAAGGAGCCUCUGAUCAUCUCCAAAGAGGAUGUCAGAGACAACGUCGUCAGCUACAAUGAUGAAGGGGGCGGAGAGGAGGACACCCAGGCCUUUGAUAUCGGCACGCUGCGCAACCCGGAGGCCAUCGAGGAGAGCAAACAGCGGAGGGACAUCGUCCCCGAGACCUUCUACCCUCCGGUUCGACGGCCUGUGCUGCCCCCGACUCGGGACAAUAACGGGGACGUGAGAGACUUCAUCAACCAGAGGCUCCAGGACAACGACAGCGACCCGACGGCGCCGCCUUACGACUCCCUGGCCACCUACGCCUACGAGGGGAACGGCUCCGUGGCCGAGUCCCUCAGCUCACUCGAGUCGGUGACCACCGAGGGCGACCAGGACUACAACUACCUGAGCGAGUGGGGACCGCGGUUUAAGAAACUGGCAGACAUGUACGGGGGCGACGACAGCGACAGGGAUUCCUAACGAGAGCCUGGCACACAGACGGGGAGUGAAAUGUGAAACGAAGACAACACAUGUUUAGAGACUUUCGGGGGGCGAUUCUGGCGCACGUGCGGCGAGAGGAAUGGCGAAAAAGACUGAGAAACGAGCGCCGCUUGUCCGAGCGCUCUUUCAACCGCCAUCGAUGACCAUUCAAAGUUGCCCCUCCGGUGACCAGACGUAGGCUUUGUGUGUCCAGUCAGUGUUAGUUGCGUUUUCUUGCGAGGGUGCAGUGAAAAGAGACUUUGUGUCAAGACUUUUUUUUUGUGUGUGUGUGUGUAUACGGGCCGUACAAGAGGCCCAAAUAUAUCUAUACCGAUAUUUUCUUUUCUUUUCGGUUCGUUUUUUCCAAAGCUGCGUGUGAUGGACACGUUCAACAAGCAGUUUUGUAAACCAACAGAUAUGCCUAUGUAUUUUUCAGUGUUUCUGGGACAAAAACAUGCUGCAUAUUGUGAGUUCUAUCUUAGCUUGUGUACGUACGGUAAUAUGAUACAAUACGCUGUACAGUUAUUUUGGUUUUCUGGGGAUUUUUCGAAGGAUCCCUUUCCUUUCAGCGACGGCUGCCUCAACAUUAGCCACUUCGCCACAGUUGAGCUUGAGCCAGAAAAAAAACGUCGGCAUCAACAUCUCAGAUGAGAAAUCUCGAUAAAGAUUUAAUUUCAGAAGUUGUGCUAACGUUCUUCAAAGCUUACACACAGCUGUGGUGAAGGAAUGUGGAUUUUAACGGCCACAACAAAACACCCCACUCUGUCAUUUUUACAGUAUCUGAUGUUCAUCUCCACACAGCUGCAAGGUGAGCCGAAAUACCAAAUAUUUCUUUAUUGAGCUGAAUGUCUUCAGAACCAUUUUUCUCUCGAAGUUACACAGACUGUCAUUUCUUUCCUUUUUCUUUAUGUCGCAUUAAUAAAAAUCACCAGUCUAAAGUGCACCAAGCUGAGUUAGGAGGAAAAUACUGGUCCCGUCGGGGCUUUUGCACUCAUCUCGAACACGGAAACGUGUAAAUGUUUCACUCUGUACAGCGAGUCACAUGAACUCCCCGGUCCCUGGAAGGGACGCCACCGAGCCUGAAACUACAGCAUCGAAUUAGAUUAAACAUCUCGUGGACGGUCGCAAUUAAAAUUUAUCACGUGAUUUUUAUUUCCUCGCCUUUUACAGUAAAUGAUUCAUUUGAUCUGUCCGGGCGAUGGAGAAAAAAACGAGAAAAGAAGCAUUUCAAUCAACGUACCAAGUCGGAACGAUGAUAUUUCUAUUGGAAAAUUAUACACGCGCGUUUAAAUAUGUCCAUCUACAAAUCUUUUACACUUCACGUGACAAAGUAUCGGAGUCUGUAUGAAUCAAAAGAGUUGCCUUAAGUUAGAGAAUGAAAUCGACGCACUGGGAAGUGGAAGGCUGGAUUUUCUUGGUUUUGGGGUGACAAUAAUAUAUAAUUAAAUAUAUAUAAUACAUGUUUUUCUUUCUUUGAGGAUAAAUUAAACACUUACAUGAUCAAUCAUCCUGCACAGUCGAAUGUAUAUUAAUGUAUCAUAGCAGUUCAGCCAUGGAAAUGUGCCAAAAAGCGAAGGACACCAGUAUUUUCCUUUAAAAACCCAACAACGUCUGUACUCCGUUCCGUUCCAAGUGUUCAGGCUUUAACGUGACACAUGUCCCGAGGGACGACCGCCCUUUUUUUUUUCCAUAUAGGGGCUCAUCAAAGGGGGCAUCUGACCUUUGAGUGGUACGGAAUAAGGUUCUUAAACCCGGAGGUGUGUCCUCGACUCAGAGAUAAGGUCAAAUCUCAGCGUAGACGACGAGUCCUGGGUUUUAAUGCGAUUUAGAAAACAAAAAAGCAAUAUUGUCAAAUUACUUUGAGACCUUCCGACUAUGAAUAAACAGUUCUGGAACAAAGACGACUGCAAGGACAGAAUGAUAUCAUCAAGAGAUAUAA